CUUCUCAGCUGCUUUUUCCUAGGGGUGCAACACUGAAGGUGCUGUAGUUUCACUUGCAGGAUUUGCCCUCUGCAGAUAUCCAUUGUGAUCGCUUCACAUGCUGCCUUUGCUGAACUGUGCCAUGCAGAGCAAUCCAAGCUCCACACACAAUGCCACCCAGCAGACUCGAGCGGUGGCCAAUAACUUUGAGGCCCUAGGACGCCACCUGCAGCUUGACUCAGAGGACAGCCGGGACGCUGAGGACCCGGGAGAUUACUGUUAUGGUGGGUACCAUCCUGUUCAGAUAGGCGACACCUUAAACAAAAGAUACCAGGUGCUUUCCAAGCUCGGCUGGGGCUAUUACUCCACUGUGUGGCUGUGUCUGGACCUCAGGCUCGGAAGGCGCGUUGCUGUGAAGGUGCUCAAGAGCGGCGCUGACUUUACCCAGUCAGGACAGGACGAACUCGCUCUUCUACGCUGCGCUAGCGUUCCUACAAGCAGGCAUCCAUCCAGUCGAAGGAUUGUUCAGCUGCUGGAUGAGUUCAAGCUGUCGGGGGUCAACGGGGUUCACAUGUGCCUGGUGCUGGAGCUGAUGGGGUCCGAUCUGAGAAGCUGGCAACUGUGUUUUGGGAGUCCUGGAAUGAUGCAGCCUUUAGUUAAACAAAUACUCACUCAGGUCCUUGAAGGUGUGGACUACCUCCACACUUGGUGUAAAAUCAUCCACACAGAUGUCAAGCCUGAGAACAUCCUGCUGUGUCUGGAGGAGCAGUCCUACAAAGUGCCAGCAGGACACAACAGUUGCUCUUCUGUACUGACUGGGAAAGAGGCCCACUCGACAGAAAAAGAGCAUUUGAAGCCAUGUAGUGUGAAGGACAUUAGAGUGAAGAUUGCUGAUCUGGGCAGCUCCUGCUGGGUGUACAAACAUUUCUGUGAGGAGAUUCAGACCCGUCAGUAUCGCUCACUGGAGGUUUUACUGGGAUCUGAGUACGGUCCUCCUGCUGACAUCUGGAGUGUUGCUUGCAUGGCCUUUGAGUUGGUCACUGGAGACUCCUUAUUUGAACCCAAAGCCAGCAAGUCCAUUUCCGUGGGGGAAGGUAGGUUUGGUUCCGUUGGGCUGACGCUAAAUGUUAAAAAUGCUAAUGUGGGUCCAUUUUCUCCAUCUGCCUCAGACCAUAUAGCUCAGAUCAUAGAGCUGCUUGGUAAAAUCCCACCAGCUGUUUCAAUGUCGGGUAAAUACUCUGCAGAGUACUUCAACCGCAGAGGUGACCUCCGUCACUUUGGCCCGCUGAGGCUCUGGAGCCUUUUUGACGUUCUACUGGAGAAAUAUCACUUCCUGUUGGAGGAGGCAACCGCAUUCUCAGACUUCCUUCUUCCCAUGUUGGAGUACAAUCCAGAGAGGAGAGCCACUGCGGUACAGUGCCUCCUCCACCCUUGGCUAACCUGCUGAUAUCCUCUCAAAGGACGCCACAUGCAUUGCCCCCCAUCGGACGUCCUGGCGGACCAGACGCUGUCACCUAGCUAAUCCCUUUUAUUUGUGAAUUCCUUUAGAAAGUGGAGUAGGAUGCUCUUCCCCAUAGGACCCCCAUCUAAGCUGCUAAUGCGUUAUACAUAUAUAGUUUUUUCUCUAGUGUAUCAACUAUAAGUCUGAGUGACAGAUUAUUGAGUCCCAUAAGUGGCUCCAGAGAGUGAUUGUCAAUUGUUUCCCGCCAAACUGACCAUGCUUGCCACUGAGAACUCGUCAUUUUGAAGAACUAUUAUUUAGUGCAAUUAAAUGUGAGAACUUCAAAUUAUUUCUAAAAAGUUAGUAAUUUCAUAAUUAUUCAUAUUGUAUGCACUCUAGAAAUACAUUUGGUAAUCUUGAGAAACCAGCAUGAGUGCAGUAGGUAGAAAAGACAAAGAACUAAAAACUCACACAUUGCCAACUCUUUUCCAAAGCUCGACCUUUCAGGCCUUCUCAAAAGCCCCCCCGCCCCCCGCCUCAGCACCCAGCACCCCGCCCUAGCCCCCCUCUGAACAAUAUACCACUCAUGAAACACUUGAGAUUGAGACAUCACCAUAAUCUGAUAAGAAACGCUUUAUAUCAAACUGCUUUUAUCGGAAAUAUAUUGUCACUUUGUAUUCCAUAGGGUACACAUUCAAACCUGUUCCUGUGAAACAGACACCACUUAAUCAGAUAGACCGCUCCCACGGGGGGACAUUUACAUUACAUUAUUGUUCUGAUUAAUAUAUUUAAAGUUGAAAGAAAGGGAAUAUUCUAUAAAAGCAAUGAGUCAAAUGACUAUGUGAAGUGUGAUAAUGUAGAACUUAUUUACAAUUACAAUCAUUACUUAUUUAGGACCUAAUGGCGCUAAAGAAAUGUGAGGUUUGGAAUUGGACAAAUAACCAGACACAAUUAGCAUUUGUUUUGAGUGCUGCGAGUAAUCGGGCAACAGUAAGAAAAAAGGUUUGUUAUAUAAUCUUUAUAAAGGACAUUUAUUUCACAGUUUUAGACAGUUCUUCUGUUCCCCAAGUGAUAAUAAAAUGAAAUGAUAUGCAAAAGAUAGCUUAAACACGUAUCAGUGGGCAAAACGCAUUCUAUUUUUGAAGCUUUGGUCGAUUGGACUAAAAAAAACUAAACAAAGUAUAGAGUAAAUAUACUUUGGCCUUGAUAAAGUAUUGACUAUUUUGCUACUUUUUGUUUUGUUUUUUGGACCAAUGCGGAUUUUAACAAGCAUUCAUACAGAGUUCAGAUUAAGGAACAAUAGAUCUUUCUAUACUAUAACAGUUCUUUUCCUUCCAUUGCUGUAUUGUUCCAAAAACACCACUUGGAGGACAAAACUGCAAAAACAUUGUAAAAAAAAAAGAGUUAAUUUCACCCUGCCUCCCAUUCUCUUCGGUUCCAGUAGGAACCUAAGCGUCAAAGUUUGAUUUGACUUGUCCUCAUUAAAACAUAAUACAU